UAACCUUAAAUUCUCACAAUCCUUUCAUUUUCUCUCCAAAAUCCCAGAUUUCAAUUGACAUUUGAACCUUAAAAAACAAGGGAGAAUUCAGCAAGAAAGAGAUGGCUAUGGAGUCUGUUGUUUCUGAGCUUGAAGGGACUCUUUUGAAGGACAAAGACCCUUUCUCGUACUUCAUGUUGGUCGCAUUUGAAGCCUCAGGUUUAAUUCGGUUCGCAUUGUUGCUGUUGUUCUGGCCGGUGAUUCGGCUUCUCAUCGCGUUGGGAAUGGAUGAUGCUGGGUUGAAGUUGAUGCUCUUUAUCGCGACGGCGGGGCUUCGAGUUUCGAAGAUCGAAUCGGUGUCUAGAGCUGUUUUGCCUAAGUUUUAUAUGGAUGAUGUAGAUAUGGAGGCUUGGAAAGUGUUUAGUUUGUAUGACAAAAGAGUUGUGGUGACCAAAUCGCCUAGGGUUAUGGUGGAAAGGUUCGUGAAGGAGAAUUUACGAGCUGAAGAGGUUAUCGGUAGCGAGCUCCUUGUGAACCGGUUCGGGUUUGUUACGGGUUUCGUUGAUGGUGAUAUCGACUCCAUCUCGAGUAGAGUCGCCAAGUUGUUCAUAGACGACGAACCUAGUUUAGUACUCGGAAGAGCUACAUCAAGUUUUAGAUUCUUCUCUUUAUGCAAAGAACAAAUGCGUCCACCGUUUAUCACAAACGAACCCCUCCACGACCACCAACUCCUCCGUCCGCUACCAGUAAUCUUCCACGAUGGCCGCCUCGUGAAGCGACCGAUGCCCUCGACCGCUCUAUUAAUCCUCCUGUGGAUGCCAUUGGGCAUCAUACUAGCAAUCAUUCGAAUUAUGGUCGGUGUAUUACUUCCAAUGCAAAUCAUCCCCUAUGUGUCCCGUUUAUUUGGUGGUAAAAUCAUCGUCAAAGGCAAACCGCCAUUGCCCAUCUCCGGAAGCAACUCUGGGGUCCUAUUCGUUUGCACACAUAGAACUUUAAUGGACCCUGUGGUCUUAUCCACCGUGCUCAUGAGAAAAAUUCCGGCAGUCACAUAUUCGAUAUCAAGAUUAACUGAAAUCCUAUCACCUAUACCAACGGUGAGAUUAACCAGAAUUAGAGAAGUCGAUGCCGAGAAAAUCAAACAUGAACUAUCCAAAGGUGACCUAGUAGUUUGUCCAGAAGGAACAACAUGUAGAGAACCCUUUUUAUUAAGGUUCAGUGCCCUAUUUGCCGAAUUAACCGAUCGAAUAGUCCCGGUUGCAAUGAAUUAUAGGGUAGGGUUCUUCCAUGCAACCACGGCCGGUGGGUGGAAGGCUUUGGAUCCGAUCUUCUUCUUCAUGAACCCUAGGCCGAUCUACGAGGUGACGUUCUUGAACCAAUUACCGGUGGAAGCUACAUGUUCAUCGGGGAAGAGCCCGCACGACGUGGCCAACUAUGUGCAAAGAAUCUUGGCCGCUACAUUAGGGUUUGAGUGCACAAAUUUUACAAGGAAAGAUAAAUACAGAGUAUUGGCUGGGAAUGAUGGAACAGUAUCUUACACUUCGUUUGUUGAUCAAGUUAAGAAGGUGGUGAGCACUUUCAAACCUUUUCUUUCAUGAAGAAAAAGAAUAAGAU